CUCCCGUUUGCCGGACUCACUCUCUACUAGGGUCGAAUCAGAAGAGCAGAUUGGCCGGUAUGGCUUCAAGCUCAAAACGGGAAUACAGUGAGCAUAUUGUUGAAGAGAUACCACGCAAAGCACAUCGUAAACGAGAUCCAGAAAAUGAUCAAUAUGAUGUUGACAAUGACACUAUUUUUACAGAUUUUCCGAAAAAGUUCAUCAGCGCCAUCAGUUUAGCUCUGGACUCUCUCAUUGAUGAAGAGAGUUUUUUACCCUCCAUUACCCUGACACCGGUAAAAAAUUUAAUGUGUAACGCGGCUGAUAAACAUGAAGGAUACCCAUUUUCUAAGGCAUAUUGCAGCAUUGACAUGUAUGACACUGAUUACGCGUUUGGUAUCAUCUUCAGAAAGGGUAUCAAUUUGUUGAUUGAUAUGCUGCAAAGACGGACCCCUGAAAAUCGGCAGCACAAAUAUGUCUUGAGUCGAUUGUUGCAUUAUCUGCACGACAUGACGAAUUUACACUUGGAGUCACUGGAACUUGAAAGCCUGACAUCUUUAACAGAGACAGAAUUGACAACUGUCAUAGCAAAUCAUCUUCUUGGGAAGUUGUCAACAUCCUCCUCCUUUGUAAUUGACAAACAAAGCAAAGGAAAAGAAAAUUGUAGGAAAUUCAGCGAAAACGCUCCAUGCCCAUGCAAAGGUGAAAGGUGUCGGCUAUCUGGAUAUUUUGGAGACACAAGUAUAG